AUGAAGUUUAGCACCGUGGCCAACACUGCCUUAUUGGCAACUUUUGCUCACGCAGGAUGUGAGAACGUCGGUGGUAACUACUACUGCUCAUCAACUGAUGCCGUUGUUUAUUCCAACGUUGGUUACUCUGGUUCCUACCAGGAUGUGACCUCCAUGGACGAGUCUUCUUGUGCUUGUGCCCAAUCCUCCGUCUCAUUCGAAGGUAACAUGGCUCCAUUGGACGAAGAAUUGUCUGUCCACUUUAGAGGUCCAAUCAAGUUGCUCCAAUUCGGUGUCUACUACCCUGGUUCAUCUGUUAGCUUGAACAAGAGAGACGCUGUUGAGGCUGACAACGAAGAAUCUGCUUCUUGUACUACUACGGCCAGAAAACACCACGAACAUAAGAGAGAAGCUGCUGUUCAAUGGGUCGAAGUUACCUCCACUGUCGUUGUUGGUGGUAACGGUGAACCAAUCUCUGAAAGUCUGACCCCAAUUGCAGAGCCAACCAACAACUACGAAGGUACCACCACUCUGGCUCCAUCUUCUGCUGCUGGAUCUCCUGCCGGUUCCUCUUCCUCUUCAUCUUCUUCUUCCAGUGCUGCUGCUGCUUCAAGCUCUUCAAGCUCUUCAGGUUCUGGAUCAAGCUCCGGCUCUGGUAGCUCCUCCAACAGUGCAUCUGCUUGGAACAGAGUUUCGUACUUCACCCCAGGUUCUGCCCAAAACCUAACUUUCAUGAACCACCAAGGUGGUACUAAGGGUUCUGGUACUUGGUCCGCAUGUUUCGGUAACUCAAUUUCCUACUGUGAUUCUGACGGUGUUACUGGUGCUGCAUCCCCUGUUGCAUUGGGCGAAGUCACUGUCCCAUCCGACAAGGAAUUCAUGAUCUUCAGUGGUUCCAAGUGUGGUGAUUCUUCUGCUAACGGUGACUGUGGCUACUACAGAGAAGGUAUCCCAGCUUACCACGGUUUCGGUGGUAACACCAAGAUGUUCGUCUUCGAAUUCUCCAUGCCAAGUGACAACUCUGGUGGCUACAACGCCGAUAUGCCAGCUGUUUGGUUGUUGAACGCUAAGAUUCCAAGAACCUUGCAAUACGGUGAUGCUACCUGUUCUUGUUGGAAGACCGGCUGUGGUGAGUUCGAUCUGUUCGAAAUCUUGAGCACCGGUUCUGACAAGUUGAUUACCCAUAUCCACGAUGGUCAAGGUAACGACGGUACCAGCACUGGUGGUGGUGGUACUCAAGAUUACUUCCAAAGACCAACUUCUGGUACCCUAAAGGCUGCUGUCAUUUUCAAUGGAUCUGACAAGACUAUCCACAUUGUCGAAGUCGAUGAUUCAUUCGAUAGUACCAUUUCAGCUGACACUGUUAACUCUUGGUUCAGCAAGGGUGGUUCUUCGGCUCCUUUGUCUUAA